AUGCCCAACAUACCCCUUUCGAUUUUGUUCGUUAUUGGACCUAUUUUGCUCUUCGUUGCUGUAUAUUUCUUUGCCGUUCCCAAUGUAAUCAAGGAUUCGCGAAGGCGACACCUUCCACCCGGCCCAAAAGGAUUGCCUUUUGUUGGUAACCUUUUUGACCUGGCUGAUUCUGAACUGGUCAGAGUCAAAGCAGUCGAAUGGCACCGACGAUUCGGCGAUGUGUUCUACACCAAGAUAGGCGGAAGCGACUAUGUGUGGCUUUCGUCGCCCAAGGCCGUCAAAGAUUUAAUGGACAAGAAAUCUGCCAUCUACUCGUCAAGGCCGCCCCUUCCCUUGGCCCAAGACGUCGCCAGUGGGUUUUGUCGACAGCUCUUCAUGCCGUAUGGGCCUCAAUGGCGACAGAUCCGUAAACAUAGCCAUGCGCUUCUUAAUAAAACCUCCGCCGUGAAGUACCAGCCCGUGCAGGACUUUGAGUCAAAGCAAGUUCUGCAGGAUCUUCUGAACGAGCCUGACCAGUUCUACUCCAUAAAUCGGCGCUACUCUGCCUCUGUCAUCAUGUUGGUGGCCUAUGGGUAUCGGAUCCCAUCAUGGAAUGAUCCCCUGAUCAAGAAAAUCUAUACUGUCCUCGACAAUUUGACCGAGAUGACAGCACCAGGCGCACAUGCAGUGGACAGCUUCCCUUCCUUGGCCUACUUGCCACAGCGGAUGCUUGGAAACUGGCGUAGCUACGCUCAGGGCGUAUUCAAGUACGAUAGUGCCGUGUAUCUAGACCUGUGGGAGCGCCUGAAAACCGAGGUGGACAAGGGCACCGCCGCAAACUGUUUCUGCAAGCAGUUCUACCUUGACGACCCUAAGAAGAGUGGCAUCGACGAUUUGCUCGCAGCCUACACAUGCGGAGGCCUCGUAGAAGCCGGCUCGGAGACAACAGCGACAACUCUGAACAACUGGGUCCUAGCCAUGGUCCUUUUCCCGGAGACGGCCAAGAAAGCCCAGGAGGAGAUCGAUCGUGUCGUGGGUUCAGAUCGACUCCCGGACUGGAACGAUGAGCAGCAGCUCCCGUAUGUAAGAGGUAUGGUCAAAGAAAUCCUACGUUGGCGCCCUGUCAACAAAUUCGGCAUGAUGCAUGCAACCACUGAGGACGACUGGUAUGAGGGCCACUUUAUCCCCAAGGGUUCCGUAGCGAUUUUGAAUUGGUGGGCAAUCCACAUGAAUCCGGAGCUCUACCCAAACCCAGAACAGUUCGAUCCAGCCCGCUUCCUUGACAAGCCCCUACCUACGGCCGAUUACAUCAACGCGCAGAGCCCGCUCGAGCGAGACCACUUCACGUACGGCGCGGGAAGAAGGAUAUGUCCCGGUGUGCAUGUCGCCGAGCGCUCUCUCUACAUCAACAUGGUGCGCACCCUGUGGGGAUUCAACAUAGGCAAGAAACGGGGCUCGCAUGGCGGAUUCGUAGAGCCCACCACGAGGAUGGUCAGAGGCUUCCUUAGUGUUCCGGAGCCGUUUGAGUGUCAAAUCACCGCGCGCUCCCCUGAGCGCGCCAGGGUUAUCCGAGACACGUUCGCCGAGGCGGCCAAACAUGGAAUUAAGCUCUGAAUAGUAAAAAUGCC